UGAUUGUGUUGUGAAUUUGUUGUGCUGAAGUUGUGUGUUUACUUUUUCGUAAACUUGUAUUUCUGUUGUGGUUUCACAUUCGUCGCUUUCCGCUGAAGUACAAUGAGUGGUAAAGCAGCAUAUAGCUCACCGUUAGGACCUAGGGAAUCAAUAAGUUCUACUGGUUUAAAUUUCAACAGCUUUGCAAAGCCAUUAGGGCAGUUUUCACCCCGUCAGUUUAGUUCUCCAUCUAGUAGCUCGCCAAGUUCGGCACAAGAAGGAGAUUUUAUACCGCUUGGCUAUAGUAGUCCUAUAAAGCACUCUAGUCAAAGAGGAAGGGGGAACUGGAAGGGGUCCCGUCGCAGUAGUAAUAGCCCUGCUAAUUCGGGUUUCAGUUCUAGUUGCAGCCCGUACACUGUAAAUAGGCCGCAGAAGUUCUCUUUUAAUAGGCGUAGUAGAGGAGGUCAUGGAAAUUCUAGCAGUACGAGUUACUCAGAUGAUAUAUCCCUAUACGUCAACCAUUCUAUGGUUGAAGACCCGUGGUCAAACCUUGAGAAAAAGUUAAAGAACAGUAGAAAUUCAGGUGCUAGCACCGUACUUACUAUGAGUGAUUCAGAUUACAUGGGCGACUCCCAGGGAAACCAAAGCAGCACGUCAUCCGACGAUGCAUCAUCAUGAAAACAAGCAAGAUUCGUUCAGAAAGUGUUUUGUGAGCGUUGACGCCGUUGUCAGCUAUUGUUUCGCUGUUAAUCAUCAUUGUGCGUCAAUUUGUUUUCCAUCGUUGUGCAAAAGUGCACAGUUGAUUUAUUGUUUCAACAGUUUUGUGUGUGCGUGUGUGUGUGUGUGUGUGUGUGUGUGUGUGUGUGUGUGUGUGUGUGACAGAGAGAGAGGGGGGGGGGGGGAGUACUAGAAAAAUUGAAUUCUGAACUCUAGCAACUCUAGCAUUAAGUGAUGAGGUAUUAGAUCAAUUUGCCCUCAUCAAUGUCACAACAUGUACAAAUUACAUUGCAAUAAGAAGCUGGCUGUUCAAAAGUUUUUGUAAAUUCAUGAAAAGAAUAUUUUAAAACUUAUUGAGUGCAAAUAGCUGUAUAUUGAAUCAUGAGAGAGAGCUCAAGAACAGUACAAAUAAGAUAUUGACAAUUGUGAAAAUACAACGCUAUAGUGAGUUUUAGACAGUGCCUUACUUUCAUCUCUGUGGUAGAUGUGGAUACGCUAAUUCAUUUCAAACCAGGGAGGUAUUAUUCACUGGUAUUAAAAAUCUUCAACACAGCUAGUUCGUCUACGGAGACAUGAAUCUGAAGCAGUGCCCCAGAAACUUACUCAUCAUUAUCCUUGUCCCAAAUUUAGUCUGUGGUUACAUAGCAUCAUUUGGUAUUGGCAGAGACAUAGCCUAGUUUGUUUCCAUACUGAGAAAAUGGAACAGUCUUGAAAGUGCUAGUGAGUGUAUCUUAGCUGUCAAGAGAAGGAAACUAGUAGGAGAUGUGAUCACAACUGUUGUUUAUGCUGAAAAAAAAAAAGAAUUUUUGUUACUUCAUUUUAUGUUUUGUGAUAAACAAAUUAGUGACUGCUGUCCCCAUAGUCCUGCAUAUCCUGCAGGAUACUGCUGAUGAGAGAUCCCAUUCAGAGCUGCAUAUGAUAAGCAGGCAAGAAGUGGGAAUAUCUUGCAUCAAGAUCUCACCACAAAAGACAUUUAUGUAGCAUUUUAUAUGAGGGGUUGCAGGAACUUAAAUGUGACAGUGUACUUUCACUUGUCACAGUGACUGCAUUUUGCUGGAAGGUAACAUACUUCUAACUAUCUAAAUCUUGAGAAAGUACUGUAAUCAUUACAUGAAAGUUUCCGUGAACAUUGUUUUCUAUAAAUACUUAUCACAGUUUUAUAAGCUAUAGUAAACUGUGAUAGUAGUUGACCCUAUAUGUUUCCUCUUCUACUCAUCAAGCUUGUAAUUUGUGUUAGCUGGUUCUUUAAAUCACCUCAGUGGUAAUGAUGUGUGAUUACCAUAUUUAUACAAUUAUAUUUUUUGACCACCAUGUUAAGUUAUUCAUAAUGAUUUACUAGCAUGGAGAGAAUUUUUUUCUCUGCAGUGUGUUUUUAUGAAGCUAAAUAUUGAAUGAUAAAGAACUAUCAUGAGACAUGAUAGCAUAUUCUGUAUUUUGGCAGAGUAUUGCUGCUCCACAUAUCUGAAAUGUUUUCUACAUAAGAAAUAAAUGAUAGAAUAUUCUAAAAAUUUGUUAGUAUCUGCUUUGUGAAAUGUAGUAAAUUCAAUCUCAGAUCAGAGAUUUUUUUAUAUAUAUUUUCAUCCAUUGAUAUUCGUAUCCUAAUACAGGUAGUAGUCCUCUGAGUUUUCUG